GUACACUCUUAUAUGGCAUACCGAAACCUAUUUUGGGAUAAAUUUUUGUUACUCUUUUAAUAAAAAAAAGAACUUAGGGCUUUGUAAUAGCAUAGAUUUUUCUUUGAAAUCGGACUUCACCGUUGCAUACAGUACCUACUAUAGUUUUUAGUUGUUAGUAAACGUUGGUUUAGUCUAACUGGGAUCUCUAAAUUGCCCACAGUGUGUUAUUUUAUGGCAUACAAUAUGAUUUGAAAUACUCAAAAUACAAUGUGCAACAAGGACAAAGACACUAUAAACAGUGUAACAAUAUACAAUGUAGAGCCAUGGGAUACUGGGGUACUUUCUGUACACAUAAUUAAAUAUAAACAAGUGUCAGAGAGCUAACUAUAGCAGUAUGCUGGAUAUCAAUCAUUGCACACAAGGAAAAUAUGGCAACACUAUGGUCCUAACACCUUUGACUUUAUACCAUGUAAAUGAGAUGAAAUGUGACCAUUUCAUAAUAAUAUAAUAAUAAUAAUAGUGGUAAUAGACAGUAGGUAAAGUGCCAUUGAGAUUAAAAUAAUAAGAUGCGGUAAAUUUGCAAGCCCUCGCAAAUAUUGCGUCCUUAGUUUUGUUACGCGUUAACUUGCUGCGAUCACAGGAUAGCGAAGUAUUGGAAGGACCGGUUAUGGUUCAGCAUGCUUUCAUCUGGACAAGCGAUUCGGAAAGGACAGAAACCGGGAGCGGUGCCCCCUACAGCACGCCGAUGGAAAUUCUGCGUAUGCGAAAAAGCAAACGGAAAGCGCGGUUUCCCUGGCAACAAACGUCAGACGUACGUACUACGUAACGCACGCGGGAAAAAACAAAGACAGCCGGGACUCUGGUCUUGAAAAAUAUUUCCCUAAGAUGCAAACACCGAAAUAGUUUAGGAUAUAGCUGGAUGCAUUUUUAAUUAAUAAGUUGUAAGUAAUACAGAGAUUAUACCUAACGUUUAUAUUUUAAAGUUUUCAGUAGGUAAGUGAGAAAUGAUGGACACAGCAGAAACUCGAUUCGCCCACUUGCUACAGCCCAUCAGAGACCUCACUAAAAACUGGGAGGUGGACGUGGCGUCUCAGCUGGGGGAGUACCUUGACGAGUUGGAUCAGAUUUGUAUUUCAUUUGAUGAAGGGAAAACCACCAUGAACUUUGCCGAGGCAGCACUGCUGAUUCAGGGAUCUGCUUGUAUUUACAGUAAGAAGGUGGAAUACCUUUAUUCUUUGGUGUAUCAGGCUCUGGACCUAAUCUCAAACAAAAAACGCGACAAGCAGGCAAUUACUGUUGGACAAGAUGGUACAGACAGUGAUGUCACAUUUGCAAACAAAGACAAGAUGGAGUUUUUGACCCUAGAUGACAUCAGUGAGAAGAAUUCACCAGCUGUUGACAUGAGAAAAGAUAUCGCUGAUGGUAUGGAGAUUGUUGCCCUCACACCAGAACCUCUGAUACCGGCUGAAGAGCAGGAGAAGAAGAAAAACCCUCUUUACAGCCGUCAUGGGGAGUUGCUUGCCAGCUGCAGGGACUUCCGCAUGAACAAUUGUACACCCCAUGCCAGUGGGAUCAUCCGGCUGGACCCAGCUGUUUCACCAUCACAUUUCUUAAAGGGAAAGACACAGUGGAAUUCUGAUGGAAGCUGUGGAGCUGCCCCUGAUGGCAGUGAUGAUGACGCCCCAUUACCAGUCCUUAACCUAUCUACAGCACCAGAUGAGGAACCUGCACAGCUCCCUUAUGAGGACAAUAAUGAUGCCGAUGUCUUCUUACCUCUGGGUGACUGUGGGAUAGAGGUGGACCAGCCUCCCAGCCCACAUGUGGAUAGACAUCAGGCUCCCAAAGAGAAGCGAAUGCUAAGGGAAAGACCAGCUACUCAACACCCCCCAGAGCAGCAGAAGGAACUCCCAGAUCUGUGGCAAUGGCUGGACCCUUUCUCUACCUCAGAGGAGAAACCUCUUAAAACGGGGAAACACUUCACCAUUCCACGGGGUGUGCAGGAUGUGUCUGGAAACAAACGGAAGAGAAAAGGAACUUCCAAAAUUCAGGAUUUCAUGAGCUGGUUCAAUGGCACAUCAUCUGAAGCAUCUCACCAUAAACCAAAGAAGGGGCCUACCUUUGCAGACCUGUUGGAUAUUUACUGGAGUCACAUGAAGGAAAGACAGAAGAUGCAGAAGACUUUCCAGAGAAAAGCGGGUUUAAUGUCUUUACCUAAUGAGCUGGAGCUGGAGGAUGCUGAGAGGCAGGCUGAAGAGCUGGAGGCUCAGCAUGAGGCUGUCCUGGACCAGGAUGCCGGGGAUGAUUUCUCUGACCAUGAGAACUAUUUAGAUGAGGAGCAGCCAGCAGUCUUGGAGGAGCAGAACCUGCCCAUAACAGCUUCCCAAACGGAGAAGAUGAACUAUGAGGACCUGGUCAAGAGGAAUGUGGAGCUCUUCCUCGUGAACUCUCAAAAGUAUGCCCAGGAGACUGUUUUGUCACGACGUGUGAAGGACUGGGAAGAGAAGAUAGGCCCUCAGCUGGCUGAAGAGGAGGAGAGGCUGCCUUUUGACAUCCACAGCUACGGGAACAAUGUGGUGUCCAUAUUCAGAGACAUUGGCCAGAGAUUGUCGUUCGCCUCUUUGGUACAAGGAAAGGAUAAUCAUGAAGUGUGUCGUUACAUGCUAGCUUCAUUGCAGCUGGCGAACGACUACACCGUAGAGAUUGAGCAGGAUGAAGGUCUGGAAGAGGCUCUUGACACCAUGACGCUAACUCUACUCAGCAAGCACAGAGCCCACGAGCGUUUCCAGACCUACACGGCCCCUUCCAUUACCAAUUUGCAGUGAGCUCAUUCUCGCUCAUUCUCUAAAUCUAAGUAUCUGCUACUGUCGCUGAUUCUCACUCAGAUACAUUCACUCUCAAUGGAUUCAUUUAAGCACGCUAAAUAAUUCUUGAUUAAAAACAUAUUGGAUGUCAUGUACAUAUUGCAGUAGGAAGUAAAUAUGAAUUGUGUACAAAAUAUUGUUUUGUUGACUGGAACAUUUGACUGCCCAACUCUUGUCUUAGGUACUCUUACCAUGUUUUUACACCACAGUAGUAACAUUAACACAGACUGGCAGACUGCUGACUCCAAAAGAGCAACGAUAUUCUCAGAUCAGUGCCACUCAACUAUGACCAUGAUGAGUUUUAAGUGCAACCAGUCUGUCAGACUGUGUUAACGUUUUUGAUUUUGUAUAAAAACAGGGUAAUUGAACCAGUUCCAAUAAAGCCACAAUUUAAAAUUGUACAAUAAGUGGUUUCAACUUGUACUUUUGAAUAGCAGUAUAAUUAUAUAUUUAAUAGUUAUCCCUCUGCUUCUGCUUUUUUCUUUUUUUCCCCUAAAUAACUAUUUAAGGAUUAAAAAUCAGAACAGAAAUUGAGUUUUAUAUAUUGUGGAGCUCAUGAAUAAUGAGAUGUAUUUUUAUAUAUAAAAAACUGGAAUAUGAAAAGGUCCCAAACUACAAAUUUAUUUAGAUUCCCUACUGAAUUAGUUGUGGAGGAUGUGUAUUUCAUCCCAUAGUGCCCAAAGGAGGCAUUACAUUCACCGUAACUACAUGACAGCCUGUUUAUUGGAAAUGUACGGUCUCCUCAUGUCUUUUUUUUUUUUUUUUAAACUAUUGUACAGUAAUAUGAUAUUGUACAGUAAGGAUGCAAUUCUGAUGUGCUUCUGGUUCUUUUUCUAUCAGUAAGUCAACUAUUUAGAAAAAUAAAGUUUUUGAAAAAUGAAUACAUUA